AGGGCUGCAAGGGUCAAGAUCAUUUUUGCCCUCCCAAAGACUCUGUCCGAGCGAUUUAGGGGCCAAACUGCCCCGUCGUGGUGGCCCAGCGGUCCUCUCGCGUACGUCGAGUGGUACUCACGUUUUGCAUCAAGCCCCGAUCCUACACAUUUGAUGUAUACCGUCAGUAAACCCCCUUUGACGUCGAAGGGACUUCCGCAAGGAAAAAUCAUACCGUUAACUCAAAUACGUCAAUCGUGCCAACUUGCGCCGUGCUUCCCGGAUGGACCAUUGGGCACUGUACCGGAUGACUGGUCCUCCAAUACGGUGUUAGAGACAGCCAGUCGAUUCCAUGUAAAUAAUUGGACUGGCUUAUAUGCAUACCAAACACUUUGGUAG